CUCUUCCUCUUACCCAGUGUUUUUUCAUUCAUUUCGUCUCGUGUGCCAAUUUGUACUAUAAAUUAAUGUUUUAACAAAUUAACCGAAAAAGUUACAGUUUAUAAAAGAAAAUGACGCUGUACCACUUUGGUAAUUGUGUUGCACUGCUACUGCCAUAUUACUUCACCUACAAAUACUCCGGCUUAUCGGAAUAUGGUGCGUUCUGGAAAUGUGUGCAGGCGGGCUGUAUUUAUAUAUUCACACAGCUUUGCAAAAUGCUCGUUUUAGCUACAUUCUUCUAUUCGGACUCAUCGACGAAUAGCGGAGAAUUUAACUUUUUUGCGGAAAUACUGCGCUGCAGCGUGGAUGUCGCAGAUCUACUUGGCUUUGCGCUCAUACUGAGUCGCAUACCUGGCAAGGGGCAUUCAAAAUUAAUUACCGCUGGAUUGGGCUGGGCUACUGCGGAGGUCAUCUUGUCCCGUGGCAUUAUGUUGUGGGUAGGCGCACGUGGCACCGAGUUCAGCUGGAUCUACAUACAAAAGUGCUUGGAGUCCAAUGUGCUGCUCGUCCAGCAUUUAUCAACUGCCACGUUGAUUUGGUUGUUCACACGUCACGAUCUCAACAAGGCUUUAAAACCGCUAGUCUCCAUAUUGCUAGCAGUGACCAUAUUCAAGGGUGUUUGGCUGGAAGGUUUGCUGCACAUCCUAAGUAUUGGACCUUGGACAGCAAUUGCAGUGAAAGCUCUGGUUGCGGCCAUCAUUGGCUUCUGCUCAUUGAAUAUUUAUGCAUGCUUGGCCCAGCAAAUUGGCAUUUAAUUGAAUUUCAGUUUGAUUGUAUUUUGUUUUACAUAUACUUUGGUUUUAAUGGUAUUUAGAGAGGUACAAGAUGUUUAAGACGAAAGAUAACAAAACAAAGAACGAUUUAGAGAAUUAAACAAAUGUUAAUGAAUUAUAGUUAUUUAAACGGUAAC